CGCGCGCGCAGCGGCCGCAGGUAUUCGGACAAGAUGGCGGAGGCAGCAGUGGACAGCCCGAUGGAGGUGGUGCAAGCGCUGGCGGACGAGGCCGUGACCGACACGGCGGGCCUCAGCUGCCUCGUCCGCCUGCCCGGCGAAUUGCUGGAGUACAUCCUGUGCAGCGGCUCGCUGACGGCCACGGACAUCACCCAUGUCUCCAGCACCUGCCGGAGGCUGCGCGAGCUGUGCCAGAGUAGCGGGAAGGUGUGGAAAGAGCAGUUCCGGGUGAGAUGGCCUUCUCUUAUGAACCACUACAGCCCCACUGACUACGUCAACUGGCUGGAGGAGUAUAAAGUUCGGCAAAAAGCUGGGGUAGAAGCCCGGAAGAUUGUAGCCUCUUUCUCAAAGAGGUUCUUUUCAGAGCACGUCCCUUGUAAUGGUUUUAGUGACAUCGAGAAUCUUGAGGGGCCAGAGAUAUUUUUUGAGGACGAACUGGUGUGUAUCCUAAAUAUGGAAGGAAGGAAAGCACUGACCUGGAAGUACUAUGCAAAAAAAAUCCUUUAUUACCUACGACAGCAGAAAAUUUUAAAUAAUCUUAAGGCUUUUCUUCAGCACUCGGAUGACUACGAAUCGUAUCUUGAAGGCGCAGUGUUCAUCGACCAAUACUGCAACCCGCUCGCCGAGAUCACCCUCAGAGACAUCCAGGCGCAGAUCAGCAGCGUCGUGGAGCUGGUGCGCAAGACCCUCCGAGGCCUCAACAGCCGCCACCCCAGCUUGACCUUCAAGGCAGGGCAGUCCUCCAUGAUCAUGGAGCUCGACCUCCAGGGCCAGGUGCUGGAUGCCAUGAACUAUGUCCUCUAUGACCAACUGAAGUUCAAGGGGAACCGAAUGGAUUACUACAAUGCCCUAAACUUAUAUAUGCACCAGGUUUUGAUCCGCAGAACAGGGAUCCCAAUCAGCAUGUCUCUGCUGUACAUGACAAUUGCCCGGCAGUUGGGGGUCCCACUGGAACCUGUCAACUUCCCAAGUCACUUCUUACUAAGAUGGUGCCAAACCACAGAAAGGGCCAACCUGGACAUCUUUGACUACAUCUACAUCGACGCUUUUGGGAAAGGCAGGCAACUGACGGUGAAAGAAUGUGAAUACCUGAUCGGCCAGCACGUGACUGCAGCGCUGUAUGGGGUGGUCACCGUGAAGAAGGUGCUGCAGCGAAUGGUGGGGAACCUUCUGAGCCUGGGAAAGCGGGAAGGCAUCGACCAGUCGUACCAGCUGCUGCGAGACUCGCUGGACCUGUAUCUGGCAAUGUACCCGGACCAGGUGCAGCUCCUCCUGCUCCAAGCCAGGCUCUACUUCCACCUGGGAAUCUGGCCAGAGAAGUCUUUCUGUCUUGUCUUGAAGGUGCUUGACAUCCUCCAACACAUUCAGACCCUAGACCCCGGGCAGCACGGGGCCGUGGGUUACUUGGUGCAGCACACACUAGAGCACAUUGAGCGCAAGAAGGAGGACGUGGGCGUGGAGGUGAAGCUCCGUUCCCACGAGAAGCACAGGGAUGUCUGCUACUCCAUUGGGCUCAUUAUGAAACACAAGAGGUAUGGCUACAACUGUGUCAUCUACGGCUGGGACCCCACCUGCAUGAUGGGGCACGAGUGGAUCCGCAACAUGAACGUCCACAGCCUGCCUCACGGCCACCAUCAGCCUUUCUACAAUGUCCUGGUGGAGGAUGGUUCUUGCAGAUACGCAGCCCAAGAAAACUUGGAAUAUAACGUGGAGCCUCAAGAAAUCUCACACCCCGACGUCGGACGCUACUUCUCAGAGUUCACUGGCACUCACUACAUCCCGAACGCAGAGCUAGAGCUCCGGUACCCAGAGGACCUGGAGUCCGUCUACGAAACGGUGCAGAACAUUUACAGUGCCAAGAAAGAGAAUGCAGAGUAAAGUCCGGUAGAGGACAUUGCACCUUUGCUGCUGCUGCUAUCUUCCAAGAGAACAGGAUUCUUUCGAGAAGUCUCCACGGAUCCCUCCGGAUUCGCCCCAGCAGGAAAGCCGCUUAGCCGGGGCGCCGGGGCGCCCCUGAGUUUAGGCAGCCUGUGCUCUCCUCCAGCCGCAAAGACAGUGUUGCUCUGCGCCCACACUAGUGAGUCCGUCUGAAAGGCGCUGCGUUCAGUGGCAUGGCUUGUAUGCUUGUCCUGUGGUGACAGUGUGUGACGUUCUGUCUUCACGAGGUCUCACAGCCAACACUCUUCUAGUCACUUUUUUAAUUCAUUUCCAUUCUGUCUGUCGUACAUUCGUCUCAGAACACUUUAUUUACUGGGAAGAUGGGGUUACAAGUUUGCAGUAGUUUCUUUUCUGAGUUCUCUGUGGAAGAUGCGCAGUCCUGAGUAAGGACUUUUUCUUUGUCUUUUUACCCUGAAUUUAGUUGCUUAUUCAGAGGUGAAGCUAAGUGAUCUUGGCAGCAUCGUGGAGAUUAACAAACUAAUGGUAAUCAGAAUUUGCUUUUAUUUUUUUUCUAAUAUGUGAAACAGAUUUCAGGCAUUUAUCUUUUUCUGUAUUCGAAUUAGGAGAGUAACAGUUUUUCUUCUUGGAUUUAUGCUUCUAUCUCUGUGACUCCUUAAUCUCCCAUUUUAUUACAUGAAAUUCUUUGAGGAAAUGUAUAUUGGCCUUGGUGAUGGGUUUUCCAUGUUCAUAUAUUAAUCCUCCCUUUCAAAUAGCUACUUUUUAAAAAAUUUUUAAGUAUUCAGUAUCACAAAUAGAUCUUAAAUCAGUGAUGGGUUCUCUUUACAGUAAGAAGUACAAUCUGAUGUUAAAAUGUCUCCUUUUAGAAAUUUUCCUCCUCAGUCUCCAAAGUCCCAAAAAUGAGAUUUCACUUUUGUAACCAGAAAAAAGAAGAAAUAAUGAACCUUAAAAAUGAAAAAGAGAAAAGAGGAGGCAUCAGGCCCCGCCAUUCCGGAGAAUCACUGCAGAACAGCCCCGAAGGCGGCAGGGCAGGAACGCGUGGGACGCCUCCCCGUGCAGGAGCCUUCGGUCAGUGGGCAGGGAAACACGGAGAGGCUGCGCUCCCGAGACGCCCCGGCCGUGAGGGCCUCAGGACGAAGCCUGGUCUCCAGUCCCGCGGGGCCCCCGACUUCCUGCUCAGACCCCGCUGGCUGCUUUUCCGCAUUCUCAGUGACAGCGCCGAAGGUUCUGAGCCCACGCAGCCGCUCCGACGGCCAGGUCUCCAGCCAGCUGACCUUGUAGUCCGCCAGCCAAGGCUUAACGUCCGCGGCCAGGGCCUCGGAGCUUCCCUCGCUGGUUUGAAAAGAUCCCAGUUGACCUAGUGAAUGGGGCCUUCGGGGCCGGGGGUCCAGUCACCCCUCACUGCCGGGGGUCAUUGCACGCAGCAUUUUCACGGCCUCUUCGAUGGCUGCCUCCUAAUGAUUCUUUCUGAAACCCGGGGAUGACAGAGGUUUGGGGACGCCACCUGAGCACUUGGUAGCAAGUGGCAGCCGAGUUACGCAGCUGUUAGCGAGAGAUGGAGAUUUGACCAGCCCGCUCCCCGCAGCCCGAGGUCGCUGCCGUCCGGUGUCCAUGCCCCUCGUCAGAUCUAGAGUCAGACAAUUUGGACUUGCCUUUGAAAUUGUGACCCCUCACAGCACCCAGCCUGCCUGAGGCUGGGCAGUUUUACACUACUCUCAUUUAAAGGUGAAAAGUAGAAAGCGUGGAGUAAAUAUUCGCGAGAUGCAUCGCUAAGCAACAGUGGAGCAUGCUGAGAAUAUGAUUGUUGGGUUUCUAGUUUGAUUUUCUUUUCUCAUAGAGUAACAUCAAAGCCAAGGAAGAUGGUUUCACCUUUACUGACCCAAUGUAAAUAUGUACCUAGACUGUUUUAAAUGUUUUUUUCACGAAUGCUUCUUUGGCCCCAGGAGGCCUCUGUCACCUGUGUCAGUUGGUAUUUGGGCACUUUAUAUUUUUCUAAGAACGUUUUUUGGAACCUGUUCUCUAAUAAAUCAUAAGUUUCUUUUUAAAAUUUUUCCAAAGUUUUCUCCAUUUUAAAAAGCCCUGUUACAAAAGUAGAACUUUCACAAUGUUAAAAUAUUAAAUAUUGGGAUCUAGUAACUUCUUUUCCAAUGAAUGCCAAGAUAUUUUUUGGGGGUACAAUGAUUAAUAAAUGGAACUUACCCGGAGAAGCCAGGCACACGGCCCGACUUCAUUGCAGAACAGAAAGCCCCACCGUGACAAGCAGCAGAAUGUCUCUCUCUUCUCUUCUGAUCAAAAUAUGCAAAAGUUUGCCCUGCUGAAAAUUUUCUUAACAUUGGUGAGUGAACAGGGUAUCUUUAGACUGUGAUUUUCCUGCCAAACCUGAAUUUUAUAAGCUCGCUAGUAAUCUUGAGAGUAUCUGCUUAUAAUGCAAAGACUUCAGCUUUUUAAUUAUGUCCAAGUGUGCGUUUGUGGAACGAGAACGUCCGAUGCUCUGCGGGAAGCCCCGGUGCGGCGUCCCCGUCGACCUGACGUCUGCGCGGCCUGCAGCCUGUCCAGAGUGUCCGGCAGGGUCCCGGCCCUUCCUGGCGCCGCUGCGUGCUUGUGGAAGGAGGGGGCCGUGGGCUCGGCAGGGUCACCAGUGUCCUGCGCUGUGGCAUUUCUCGAGGCCCGUAUUGCGCUGUCGUGCAGUGUGACUUCGCAAGAGCGUGUGGCACGGCCAGUCUUCGUGACAUCUUAAGACGCUGGCACGUCCCUCCCCAGGCACGCACACACGCACACCGCGUCCCUGGGGCCCAGGGGUGCAGACCUCCUUUGGGAAACCUGGACUCAGUGUGACGCCAGUCCACCGGUCAUGCCAGCACUAGCCUACCUUAGCAUCAGCCCGGGUUUGCCAGGCGUCUCGUUGGACAACGCUCCCCGUCUAAUCGGACUUUGAAAGGCCGGCUUCGUGUUGUGUCUCUGCCUGAAUCCUAGAUCUCUACUGUAAGUGCAUUCACACCGCAGAAUUGUUUGAUUGCGAAAACCAGCGCUAAAUACUGUCGCCAAAUCAGUCUAACAUUUUCCCCUAUCUACCUAAUGUCUUGUUCUAAUUUUAAAAUGUCAAAUGUCUCGGUCUUCCCUGAUGUAUUCCAUCGUGAGUCGUGCAUCCCUCUCCUAGGCUCUCUUCUGCCACCGUCAAGUCCCUUUGCUAUGAAGGGAAACACUUUUUCCUCUUACUUCUUAUUCCAGAUAUGUGAAAUUGAACCACCAGCAACUUUUUAAUUUGAAAGUAUCUUGUGACCAUAGUAAUCAAGAUGCUUGUCUUUUGUGUCUGGGAGGGGAGGAGAGACUGUGCACCUAGAGGGAAUGAGGAACUCAGCUAUGUGGCAGUGUAUUUUUGGAGACGUUAAUAGCUGUAUUGCAUGUAUCACUUUCUAUUGCUUGCUUACUUCAAGCCAGGCACUGGCCAGGAUGCUGACGGCCCUCACUGCAGCCCCACAGGCAGGGCUGGGUAGUGACUAUUUGGACUGCAUACAGUCUGUCACAUAUUCUUCUUUGUUUUUAAAAACACAAAACCUGAGCCCGAGGGCUGUGCAGAAGCAGGCCGAAGGUGGGAUGCGGCCCGCCGGCCGAUCGGCCGGCCCCGGCGGGGGCAGGCCCGCCUGGCAUUCCUUCCACCGUGCAGGCGGGGAACCGCACGCUGCUCGUUUAUUGGCGGGAAACCUAGCAUUUGACAGCCACACUACCGACUACCUCGCAAUGUUUUUAUCCUUUGCCUUGCAGCAACUUUAACUUCUAACCUUUCACUUCUGAAAAUUUAGAAUCGAGAAAAGGACAUUCCUUUGGUGAUUAAAAUGUGCAAUUAUAGCAUAAAUGUAUAAUGGCCAUUUAGCAAUGAUUGUAUUAGGGUAAUGCUAGUUCUGUAAUAAAUAGACCCCCCAAAAAUACAAUGGCUCAAACACAAAAGAA